ACAUCAUUCCAGUUUCUUACGUCUUAUCUUUGAAUUUGAUUCUCUGCAUCCUGAAUAAAUCUUUUUCUCUUUUACACUGAAACGUUUCAUAUUUCUGGAGUAUAUUUGACUGUUGAAUAGGAUCGUCAGCACGAAAUGGCCACGUCGGGCAGUUCCUCGCGUGCUGUCUCGGGCAUGCGACGACCACGACGGGGACCUCCAACCGCUUCAAAACCUAUUCUCAAAGUCGUCAAAACCGAGGCAGCGCCCGCACAGCCAAGUGAGGCAACGAGUCAGCGCCCGCACGAGUUAUCUUUCGAUGAUAUAUUUACUAUGCACAUGCUGGGCGAUGACGAGGUGGAUUAUCAGUGGUCCAAGCUGGAGCGCGACUCUGAAUCGGAAGAAUCCGAUGUAGAACGCAAGGAAACCGAUGAAACGGAAGAUGCGGACGAUAUCCGGACGGGUCUGCCCUCCCUGGACGACUCCUCCGAGGCGGACGCCAGCCCCGCACCAUUAUUCAGCGGCCCCUCCAGCGCGGAUCCCCCCAUCAUCCUCCAGAACACGGGCGACAAAUUCUGCUACGUCUGCCCGGAAUGCUCGCUGCGUUUCCAUCACGCCGUGUUACUAAAAUGGCACCGCGAACGCCAACACCCCGGACUCGCCCCGGACCCCGCCGAGGACGACGUGGUCACCGAGACAACCCCUCCCCCGGCCCCCGUCCCGCAGUUUGUCCCGACGGACGACCCCAGCAUCUUCGCCUCGGUGGACGCCACCGCCUCGGAUGACGACGCCCUGCCCACCGGGAUUUCCCAGGAUCAUGUGCCGCAUUCCCUGUGUUUCAUGUUCCAGUGCACGGAGUGCUGGCUGCGCUUCUGCACGGAGGAGCUGGUGACGCUGCACAAACGGGCGCAUAUGGAGGAGGAGUACACGGGGCCGUUGGGGUGUCCGGGGUGUGGGUGGGAGGCGGCGACGGCGGGGGAGUUGUUGGAGCAUGUCCGGCAGCACGGGGCGAAGCGGCGCGACCGGAAGUUGUGCCGGGUGUGCGGGGUGGCGGUGAUGCAUGUGCAGCGGCAUGUGGUCGUCAUGCAUCCCGAGGAGUUCCGGAAAUUCGCCGAUGAAUACUACACGCUCGGCUGUGAUCAGUGCGGGGAGAAGUUCAUGACCAAAUGCGCGCUGGCACGACAUAUGCUGGAUCGGCACAGCGAUACCGCUAUCCGCUGCAAAUUCUGCCCGAUGGAAUACCCCAAUUCGGCGACACUGUCCAAGCACGUCGGCGUGCACAAAAGCUCCGGCGGUUUCCAGUGCCCGAUGUGCCUGAAGUUUUUCGCUGCGUACGGCGCUUUUUCGGAGCAUUACGUCAAAAUCCACGCACCCAAAACCCUGACGUGCCCGCAGUGUCCCAUGCAGUUCACCUCGUCGAUGAAGCUGUGGCAGCAUAAAGCGACGCACAGCGCCCAGUACAAGUUCGCCUGUGAGAAAUGCGAUAAGACCUUCAAGCGCUCCCAGAAUCUCUGGCAGCACCGGGUGACGGUGCAUAAGGAGGAGCGGAAGCGGGUCAGACCGCUGCGGCGACCGCUGGCCCCACCGAAGGUGCGGGGUCCGGAUUAUGUGAAUCCGCGGAAGAGGAUCGCCUAUGAGGAUUUCCCGUAUAAAUGUGAGGAUUGCCGGUUGGGUUGGUUGAAACGCGGGGGAUAUGAGCAGCAUAGAAACCGGAAACAUUCCGGGAAUUAAUUGGCAACUGUGCUUCGAUUUUUAAUAAUAAAAUCAGGAUUGUUAGAAUUUAAUUAAAAUAAGGAUUCAAUGUUCAGUCGCGUUUUGUACUUACGUAUUCGUCGAAGAAUUUUAGUGGGAUUUAUUGUCUUAAGUAAUCUCUUGCGAUUUUUGUGCAGUGCAUGAGAAAGCUGAAUACAAUCCGACAUUAUGUUUUGCUUCCACGGUUCAGUCGUUCAGUGCCACUUGUCGGACGAACGCAUUUAAUAGUGAGUACCACAAUUUCGGUUCACCAGACUUGAAGAAUACAU